ACAUCGGAUACUCAUGAAAAAAUGAUUGAGAUAUUGACUACAACUGGUUUUGCCACUCAAGAGUUUAUUUUGAGCCCCUUGCAAUUUGGGGUCCCAUAUGCCAGACCACGGCAAAAAGAAAGCCUUUAUCCUUUCAGAGAUUGCUUUAAUAGUGAGCUCCUUUGGUCUUUGAAUCCAUUGGUAAGACAAGAUGAUGAUCCACUGAAUGACAAGUCUUUACAACCAAGAGAUAACUAGGACAAAUAUGUCAACUCUUGUUUGCCAAUAGAGCAGUUUCUUGAAUUUAAUGAGGAUACCAACUUUGAGAAUGGAGAAUUCAACCUUCGAGAUGUGAGCAUUGUUUCUUCAGAAAUAGUUGAUGCUCCCACUGAGAAUGAUGCUAGAAGUGGAUGUAGUGUCAGCCCUGAAGACCAGUAUUUUGUCCCUCUAAGCUUGAUCGAGAGAUGGAAAAGUGCUAUGGAUAUCUCACGGUGUUGCUGUUGUUUCAUCAAAAGUUAUUAUCAUUAUGUGAAGGGUACAAGAUCCCUAUUGGCAGCAAUCAAGGUCGCAAACUUGCAUCCUUUCCACCACAUGUAAGCCUCAGACAGAGCAUAGGAAGUACAUCGAGCCGGGCUCCCCGACCGGCCACCCCCUCUCUGUAACAAUCUGAGGGGCCGGCAGCCACCAAGGCCCUCGGCCAGGUAGUCGGAGAUCAUAAAUUGGGUCCACGGCCUUGUCGAGGGAGUGGAUGGCCUCCGGCGAGGCCCCUGGCCCCAGAGCGAGAAGAUAACCCAAACCUUGGAUAUGGGCAUGCUCCAAAUCUUGACCAGUGUCGGACUAAAAUAAAAGAACCAUUUAAACUCUUCUGGAAAGAGUCAAAGAGCUCUGGCGUUGACUGCCUGAGGACUAAAUCUGAAUGCUUCGUUUAGCUCGUAACGGCGGUGGCUUCUCCUCGAGACUCCACCCGACGAUCCUUCGUCGGAGCACAUCACUCCUCCGAUUCUCCUCCACCGUCUCUGCCGAUUCAAGCUCCCCGGAGAUUGCUACCGCUACCAAUAUGGAACGCCCUGGUCCGCCUCCCAUCCGAGUCGCUCUCACCAACUCGGCCGGCCGAGGCGUCUUCGCCACUCGGAGGAUCGCGUCCGGUGAUCUCAUGCACACGGCCAGCCCCGUCGUGUGCUAUCCGUCACUGGCCACGCUACACUCCGUCUGCUACUUCUGCCUGAGGAGGCUUCCUAACGCUACCGCUGCUCCGACCGCGUCCUACUGCAGCGACGAAUGCAUGGAACACGCUGAGGCUUUUCAUGAAGUAGAGGCCAAAGCGGACUGGUUGGCUCACGAUGAGCAUUGCCGCACACAGGGUUUGAAGUACCCACUCCUGGUCAAACGACUUGCCUGCAUGGUUAUAUCUGGGAAUGCAUCUGCAGACUGUCUCGACAUACUCCAGCCAGCUCCGUUAUCUUCUGGGAUGAUUUCAGAGAUGGAAAGAGGAUUUGACUUGCUGAGGGAUGCCUUCAUUAAGGCUGAUAUAGGGGAUGAGCAGAUCGCAUUCCUGAACAAGCAGUGGUACAUCGGCUUGUUGGCACGAAUUCGUAUAAAUGCAUUUCGCGUAGAAUUGGCUGGAGGGUCGUAUGAAGAUCUUCUUUCAUUAGCGGCAGCAUCUGUAGCAACUGAAGCUUCUGUGGGAAACGCUGUUUACAUGUUGCCAUCAUUCUACAACCAUGACUGCGAUCCUAACGCCCAUAUAAUAUGGUUAGAGAAUGCAUCUGCAAGACUGAAGGCCCUUCGGGAUAUUGACCCUGGGGAAGAGCUGAGAAUCUGCUAUAUCGAUGCGAGUUUGGAUCGUGAUGCUCGACGAGCUAUCUUGUUUGAAGGCUUUGGCUUUCAUUGCAACUGUGGUAGGUGUUUAUCUGGCGACUAAAAUGGAAUGCUUAUCCGAUUCAACACGAAGCAAGAAUGGACAACACUAUUAUUGCCUCGUAUAUCUACUGAACAUUGCUUUUCUGUAAUCUCUCUUAUUUGCUGGAAUUGCAAGUUAUUGCUAAGAUGCUAUCGAGUUUCGACUGUUAAAAUGAUCAGAGGGGUCUUGUAUACAUCACUAAGCCAAGAUCAGAACAUGAUCAUCUUUUCCAAAAACUCAGGAUUUUAUUUUCUUUUAUUAUUAGUAUAAUAUGUACAUAUAUGUAUAUUUUGGAUUCUUAA